AAGCACCUAGAGAGCCACCCACUUACUCCUGGGAGGAAAACAAGCUCAGUGGUUGUUAAGCUCGACUCGCUUUACGUGGAGAUUUUCAGGUUCCACGCGGCAGCAGGAUACACAGACAGCUGUUUGUCUUCCCCUGCUUCUCUGCUUCCGGGUUGGUUUUGCUCUCUUACGUAGCUCUACUAUCGUCGUGAUACAGCGUUACCAUGGUUACAAAUAACAGAUAUUCGAUAUAGCACAUCCUAACUUCCUUGACAGUCCCAGUGUCCGCCCACUGUCAACACAGAGACCCGCCGGAGUCUCCGGACGCGUCUGAGCAGCUCACCUGCAUCCUGGUAAAAGCGCACGGAGACAGCAGCCGUUCAUGUGUUGCGCGUUCCGGUUUUCUUGAAAAACAUAAAAAGCACACUUGAAGACUGAAAAAAACCCUUUGAAGAAGAAGAAGAAGAAGAAGAAACUAAGAGCAGAAUCUUUUUUUCCCGGAGUGGUAUUGUGUGUGCGUUUUCGGGUAGUAAUGCAGGAUAAAGGCACAUUUGUCAACCCUUUUCUCAGACCGAGGUGUCUGGCUGCAGCGGCGCCGGCGGGGAAAGCCAAACUAACUCACCCGGGGAAGGCGAUCCUGGCAGGUAAGUUCAGCACUGUGGAGCGGAAAAGUCAGGAGAUGGGGAAUAAAUGUCACUUAGAAGAGUUUCACUUGAGUUUCAUCACAGGGGAGGCUGGUGUUUGGGAAUUUCACAUCUUAGCUCCCUUGAAUGAGCCGGUACAACGAGUUACUUCAACAAAGUCACAGAUUUUCCCCUCAAACCAUGCUGACCUCCUGACUCCUGAUAGCUGCUGGAAAAGACUUCCACCCUAGAGGAGGUCAGAUACCUUCUUUCCUGUGGUCCUGCAGUCAGAUCUGCAGCACUAAUGUGAUUUUACUCCUGUAAUCUAAAAAUCACUCUUAGUUCACUUAACCUAAUCCUGUUAAAGUGAGUUAAUGCAUGCAGUAGUGUGCAUGGUUUCAUUAAAAAAAGACAUUUUUGUGGUAUUUAUCUUCAUGUUUUAAACUCUAAUACUUGCAAUGUUAUUUUUAAUCAUCACCAUUCAAACUCUUCAUUUGAUUGACUCUUCAUCACCACCUCAGUCCUACUUGUUUUAGUCGUUUAUCCCCGCUGAGGUUCAGAACCUCCAGUCCUCCUCUCCCGCUGCUCAAUCCCCUUCCAGACCCCCUUGUGUGAUGAUGAUGAGGGUUCAGCAGCUCCUGAUGAUGAAGAGCCUCUCAGAGCUGCUGCUGUAGGGAGGCUUCAUGCUGCUGUUUGUCAGGCCCUCUGUUGAUUUCAGUCAACACACAUUCAGAGCAUUUCAGAGAUUUUAAUUGAUUCCCUUUUUAUCAAGAAUUUAGCCCGUCACUGCUGCACUUAGUCAUCAUUUAAUUACUUUGCUGGUAUCUCACAAAUGGAUUUAGCAAAAAAAUAAAAAAUAAAAUAAAAUGAAAAUCUUACUAUGAAAAGUUCCCAGAGGCAAAGGCAGCAUUUUCAGAGUAGGCCUGUUAUGUUAUAAACUGAUCAGACCCCAAUAUAUUACGUGCAAAUUAUAUAUAAUUGAUAUAGAGACAGAGAAAACGUUUGAUGUUCUGCAUUUGAAAGCUUACAUUACAAACUGUAUGUAAUUUGAUCUUUUAGACAAACUUUUGAAUUGAUCAGUCCACUUUAAAUUAAAUGUUUUAGCUCUACUUUUACAGCCUUGAGGAUAUUUCUGAGUGUUGGUAGCUGGUAAACCCAUCUGUAUGUGGCAGAAAGACAAGGUUGUCUGUAUUGUUUAUCCAUCCAUGACAUGUUUGCAGUAAAAGCAACAUAUAAAUGCAUGGCAAAAAUGAAGCACCCAGUUGUUUUGAAGUGCAACAAACAGUUGUUUUUACAAAUGACUGUUGACUGCAUUUAGCCAUAUUUUUUGGGGAUUAUUUAUGCAUUUUUAAACUCAAACUAGAUGAGACACCCAGACUAAAUUCAUAAUCAAGCAUCUACUGGCACAGAUUUUGGGACUCUGGUAUUUCUCUAUCUGUAUACGUAUUUGUAUUUUUGAUACAUUAGUUUGCUAUCCGCCUCUGUAUGAGGUGAUUGACCUUUCUCUACUUUGUGAGAUAAAACUGUGUCAGAAAAGAGUCAGAUAAGUCUCAGACAAAAAACCAAAUCUCCUCGCCUGACCCCUAUAGUCCAGUCAGCCUCUGAGAAUUGGAGAUGUGGCUCCUCAGUGAGACCUUCCCCCUCCCCCCUCAGUCCCGUGCAGCCUGAUUGACUGGAUAUGGCCCAGUGUUGAUCCUUCUUCCUCCUCGCUGUGUCGUUCAGCACGUCUCAAGCCUGUCUGUCCUGUUUUGCAACAGCAGCAUGAUUGCUUGCUCUGUGUCUCAACCUCUGACUCCUCUGGCUCAACUGUGAGGAAACAGCUGAUCAAUCACUCUGUUUAAAAAGAUUUUCAGAAAUCCAAGUGUGUCUGUCAGUGUGAUAGUAGACCACUGGGAUGAGUCAGCGAUACAUAAACCGUCACUUUUAAAUUGAUUCAGAGAUAUCCAUCUAACAGCUAAACUAAUGUUAGAGUCACAUGCUAACACUUCAUCAGGGGUUAUCUGUUACUGUUACAAUGUGCAGAUAAAGUGCCCCACACACACACACAUGCCUGAAGGCUCUAAGUAGACAAAGCAAGAAGUAGAAGGUCAGAUCUUAAUGGAGUAGAGAGCCCAUGCAGACGGUGGUUGCUUUGGAGGAGGGGUUUGUAGAGCUUUUCAGAUGUCUGUGAGCUCUUUCUGCUCUCAUUGGAUAGUUUCACAGUCAUCUGUGAGCAGCCACUGGUGUGGACUGAAGUCAAGGCACAGAAAGAGGGAGCAUUUUAUCUGUGUUGGGCCUGAGGGAGUGAGAGUGGCCUAAAUGGGUCUCUGGUCUUGAUUCGCAGACUAUGGUCGAUUUGUACUUGGUUUUUACUUUUAUUUCAGACCUCUUCAAACUGAGUGGAAGAAGCAAAGAGAUUGCUUUCGAGAGGAAGUCCCCUUUUCUAUGAGAAAUUGGAUUUUUAGACAGACUUGUUUUUAUGUCACUUCAUGGUCCUGCUCUCUUUUCCUCCCCUCUCUCUUUCCCUUUCCAGCCUGAGGGCAGCCGCUUAGUUUUUCUGAGUGCUUGUCUCCUCUCUGGCUCAGAGGGCUCAUCAAACUGAGCGCUUGCUCCAUGUUUCCUCACGUCACAGGUGACGCACCCACUGUCACCGCCCCUCCACUGUUCUGCUGCUCGCAGACCCAGAGCACUGUGAGGCGAGAUAAUAAAUCACAGUGCACUCCCAACACCCCCCUCUGUAACAGCUUGUCAGCCUGGGUAAAACACCGCCAUAGAGACGGACAGAAAUAAGCAGAGCAGUUUGAGACAGGCUUUCCUUGAAAUACUUUACCCCCUUUUUUCUUCAUUUAACAUUUUAUUUUUGUAGAUUUAUCGCAGUAUCACAAUGGAUAUCUCAUGAAUUAAACUAUUCUGUUUCCCCAAAUUUUACCCACUCAUAGUGUAAUGGUUAGUUUCUUGGCCUCUCUGUUAACCCCAUGUUUUAAUUCAUCUAACUGUUCAGACUUGAAACCUGAAUUUGCUACAGAUAUUUUUCAGAGUUACGUAAUGGUACCAGCGAGUUUAAUUUUCGAGUAAUUACUUUGCAGGCUGAGAGAACGCUCUGACGUUAAAACAUGAGAGAUAGAUCCCCACUAACAGUCUGUUAAAUGCCUUGACAGCCCCUUUCUCAUUCGGCGUCAGGAAGUUGUGUAGUCUUGAGAGAAAAAUCUGCCCUGUGUUUCUUAAUCUUAGGCCUGCUACCAGUUCACUUUUCCCCCAUCUUGUUGUAUAAUCAGAGGUUUGUCAUUGGAAACAGCUGCCCUGUACAUCUGGAAACAAUGCAGAAGCAAACUUAGAAGCUGAAGAACAACAAUAGAGUGGACCAUAAAGUCAGACCAGUGAGAGGAUUGAUUUAAAAAUGCUCCGAGGCUAAAGGCUGGCCAGGGUUCUUAAAGGCACCAUAAGGAACUUUCAUGUCAUGUUGAUUAUGGUUAACUAUUUUGGUUGUGUUGUCACUGGAUGAAGACUUUGUUUCCUAUGCAAAGCCUUGUUUGUAGAGUCUCUCUAUCUGAAAUGAUACUCCAACAGGAAAUCUUGAUACAGUAUCAGCCAUGAGUUUAAAACAUCCCAUAAAAAGAAAAACAUCUAAAGAAAAACUACCCUCCUGUUUCCUGGCUUGCUUCUCCUGGCCAAAAAUUACCUGUAAAGUUUUAAAUCUAGCCACUCCCAGGUGAGUUCUGGGCAUCGACUUGUUUUUCUUGUUCUUCACAGAAAAUUCAACCUAAACACAGUCACUUAAAUUAAGUUUAAAGGCACUGUAGAGAGUUUUUAAUUGUUCAGAAACAGAUUGAAAGUGAUAACAAUGCCUCUCUAUGACCUACAGAGGCAAACAAGACCAUCAGCAACAAGGCUGUUGACUUGGGAGGGAGGGUUCAGAGCAGAUAAUUGACAGCAGGUUGAAGAAACAGACUUUUUAAAAACUUUUUGCCAUAGUGAGUAAAAAUUCUCACUGUUAAGAAUAAAUGAGGUUUUAGUCUGAAAACACUUCUGUCACAUGUACAGAACAAAAAAAUAAAAAAAAAGGAGAGGUUCAACUUUGUCCACAGGGGGCGCCAAAGUUCACACCAAACAAAAUGUUCUCACAAGAGAAAACGAUCAAGCUGCUGCUGGACUUAAAGGGAUAUUCCGGCGUAAAAUUAAGUUAGAGCCAAACACACCGUAACACCGAGUCAGACGCCCCCUCGAGAGAUGAAUGUUGCCAACUGCUUGUUUCUCUAGUUAUACCAACUUCAGCAACGACCGCAUGAUAACAACAGACAGCGGUCUACAUUUCCAUGCAGAAGCCUCAACCAAAAAGCAACACUAUAGCCACAAAUAAUGCUCAGAAUGGCACCUAACUUCAUGAACAGUACAUAUAGGGUACUAGCCAGUACUAGCCAUCAAACAUCUGGAAUAGAGUGGUAGAUCGCUGUGUAUUGCUUUCGUUCGCUCGUUACUAAAGUUGGUAUAACUAGUGAAGCAAGCAGUCGGCAACAUUCAUCUCUCGAGGGGGUGUUUAACUUGGUGUUACGGUGUGUUUGACCCUAACUUGAUUUUACGCAGGAAUAUCCCUUUGACUGUGCAUGUAAACUGAGUGAAAAACUUCUCACAGUGCCUUCAAAUAUGGACAGUGGUUUGUGAGUGCAGGUUUUUUAAAAUAGCUCUUAAGUGUGUGCAGAGCUCCCUUGAAUAAGCUAAAAAGAGGAGCUUUAAAAUCCUAAUAAAUGAACAUGGAGACUGAAACAGACAUAUCUGGUUGUUGUUUCCCUCUGCUUACAGAGAGCAGAUUCUGUUUUGUUACCUGACCCAUUUAACAUGAACGGCCAAUCAUAAAUUAAGCAUGUGAAGGAAACCUGUAGCUGUACUCUGUACUGUCUAAUCACAGUACAGAGUGUAAUUGUCCUCUUCAUGUAAAUCACUGUACAUUGCAUGCUCCAGGGUUCUAAUCAGCUAAUCAAGUUUCCAUGUAAAAUUAAUAAACAUCCCUCCUGUAAUUAAGCAUCAGUGCAGCAUAAGGAAGUGCUGAUCAGGACAGAGGAAGCGUAAAAGGCCAGACUUUAGAUGAAUAAUUCUUUUCAUGUUUUACGCCAGGCAAACAGGAAUAUUACAUCGCUAUUAAUAAGACAACAACUGUUUGAAGUGAUCAGUCCUCUGGCUGCACUUCAUCUGGACUGGGGAUAUAUGGACCUAUUAACGUUUCCCCUAAGACUCUAGAGUUUUUAAAGUGAGGGAUUCUUGUCUAAAUAAAGAACAUCUGGAUGAAUAAUAGAUCAAUUCUGUAAGGAAACUGCUUAUUAAUCUGCUCGCACAUGCUCACACACACACACACAAGUAAAAACAUGGAUUGUUGAAGGUUUUGGACACUUUUUUUUUCUCAGAGUGCACUUCGCUUUGAGAACUCCACAGCUGCUCCAAAAAGUUUCUGUCUGAAUCCGUCCCUCUCUCUCUGCUAUUUAAAAAAUGUUUGUUUUGAAGUAGGUAGAGUCACCAUGUUCAGAGACCAUGCUGAAGUUAGAUCGUCAGGAAGCUUCUUAGUAGACCAGAUGUGUUGGUGGCUCAUUAGAGUCGCUGGAGCAAGCAGGACAGGAUUUCAGAGACUGUUCCUCCCUGUCAGCUGGCUGUCAACACACUCACCUGGACUCCUCUGAUCCUCUCAGCGCAGCACAGAAGAGACUGUAUUUUUGUUUUUAUAUACAGCUUGUAUGCAUGCAUGAGUAUAUGGAUAAAUAUGCUCACUCUAGGGUAUAAGAUAUGGACGUCUCAUGUGGCUUGGAUCCAGCCUUAAAGGGAUAUUCUGGCGUAAAUUUAAGUUAUGGUCAAACACACCGUGACAUCGAGUUAGACAUCCCGUCCAGAGAUGAAUGUUGUAGACCGCUUGUUUCUCUAGUUAUACCAAUUUCAGCAACGACUGCACACUAGCAAUACACAGUGGUCUAUGUCUCCACCUACAAACCUUAACCGAAAUGCCACUCUAUAGCCACAAAUAAUGCUCAGAACAGCACCUAACUUCAUCAACAGUACAUAUAGGGUCCCAGCCAUAGUACUGGUCAUCAAACAACUUUUUACCUUUGCCUGGUUUCUUUAGCAAAGAGAUCAAACACAACUCACCCACUCUUCUCCAGCAGCCGCUUGUUUGUGGGGGAGCCCUGACGAGUCGAUCGCUGAGUGCAGCGGAGUUUCACAGCUCAAUGAAAAAUAUUUAUGAUCAUUUCUUUAUGGAAAUGCAAUCAGACCAAGACGCUAAGGCAGAAAAACUACUGCGUCCGCAGUGCAAAAUGAUUAUUGUGAUAAUUAUUACUUCAAGGAAAUGAUCCGCUGCACAUGGUGAUCGACUCGUCAGGGCUUCCCCACAACCAGACAGAAUUAAAAAGAUGUUUGGUGGCUAGUACUAUGGCUGGGACCCUAUAUGUACAGGUGCUGUUCUGAGCAUUAUAUGUGCUGAUGUGGCUUUUUGGUUGAGGUUUGCAUGUAGAAACAUAGACCACUGUGUAUUGCUAUCGUGCGGUUGUUACUAAAGUUGGUAUAGCUAGAGAAGCAAGCAGUCAGCAAAAUUCAUGUCAUGAGGGGGUUUCUGACUCGGUGUUACGGUGUGUUUGACCAUACCUUAAAUUUAUGCCAGAAUAUCCCUUUAAGAGGAAACUUGAGGAACUGCAGUUUGAACACUACCUUAUUGGCUAAAUUCCUCAUGACAGGAGGUUACGGCUCGGUUUAGGGAUUCAUGCCCCCCAGAGGACACACCCUAAUGCUCUUGAGAGUCACCAGAAGAUCCUGUAUGAUCAUGACAGUCAUGUUUUAGCAGUCAUUUUUCAUCCAGCUCCAUAAAACACCACUUUGUUUAUUUCAAAUUUUGGUUUCCACACACUGUCCAUCAGAUUGAAGAGUGAUGUGAGCUGUGCUUCGUGAGCUGACUCUGAUAGAGGACCUCACCAACUCCAUUAUGGUCAAAUAGGAGCAAAUCGAGGCCUGAUAUGGCGGGGCACUUCCUCAGAGAGUGAAGCUGUUUCUAUAUAAUGAAUCAUGAAAUAGCUUGUACGCCCUUACAUACAUCGUGUGUUUAAGCUUGGUCUUGGACAUAUUUACUGAAACUUGUAACAGGACUACAUGCAGCAAGUUCUGGUCAGGCUGUUCCUGAUAAAUAGAUAAACAGUAUUACCUGAAACAGUUCAUCAGUCUACGUUGUUUCUAUUAAAUCCUGCUCAGCUGGUGACGGUUUCAUGUCUCCGAGCCUGUUGAAGCAGAUUUCGAUCACCAGUUUUUCCUCUCCUAUGACUCCAGUGCCAUUUCCAUUUCAUUUUGGUGUAAGUGCCAAAGAUCUAUGAGGUUGCAUUGAUUUUAUGACACUGUGUAUUGGAGAGUUGGGUGAUGAGGAGAGAGGGAGGAAGGUGCUGCUGAGAGAAAAAUGAACAACAGGAGAGGAGAGCGAACACGUGAAAAUAGAGAUUAAUGACCGUUCUGUUCAUGUGACGCCCGUUUGGCAGUGACACAGCAGUCAUUUAGGAUGUCGUCUGUAAAUGUGUGUUUUGGAAGUGGACUAUAAAAUGAAAUAGUCGGCACACAAACUGCUGCUGUGUAUUGGUGUGUGUGUCAUGAGGAUUGAUCAUGGCUGCUGCUCAGGCGCUGCUGGUUGAUUUUCACGUGCAGUGCCGUCUCAGGCUGAAGAACGAUGAAUGAAGUUUAUUGUCACUUCUUUUCUAAGAUGUAUACUGACCCACUGAUCCCGGAUCAGGACAAGUGGAAUGGAGGGUCAUGUGAUUUCUGUUAUGUCUCAGCAGGAUUACAUUUACUCACCAGUCGACGUGGAUUAGAAGAAUUACAGCUCGCUGGCCUGUGAGAUCACAUGAAUGUCAUGACUCAGCUUAAGAUUUACUUAUUAGUUUAAUGCAGUUUUAAUCAAUAACAGCUAUAAUGCAUUCAUUUUAGUAUUCUGAUGCACAAUUCAGAUCAGAAGAUAAGGCAAAUCAGCCCAUCACACUGAAAAACAUAUGACUUAGUAAGUUAUUUAUUUAUAAAAAUGAUCAAAAAAUAAAAGUCUGAUAUUUAAAGAAGCAAAAACAGGAACAGAUGUGUCCAAAAUGGUGCACCAGUUUUUCUUUUAGUCUGUUUCCCCACCAAAAACUCUUCAAAGGAGCUUUGAGUAAAAGCUGUUUUCCUGUAUUGAUUUCCUUUAUGAAAUCGGACUCGCAGAAGAGGAAACCUUGAUAAGAGAAGCACGAGUCUAAGGCUUUUAAGGUUAUCUAUUUUGCUAACAGUGCCAUCCUCAAUUUGUCUCCUGAAGUUCCCGCCCUGGCUGGGUUAAAUAUAUAUUUUAUCUUAAGUGGAGGCCCUGCUUUUAGGUGCUGCAGUGAUAAAGGUCGUGUUGGCAGCAGUGACAUGUGAGAGGGGCCAAACAACAUAUCUGCAAGUCUGGAGGUAACACAGAGAAAGGAAGAAUGAGCACAAGUGCAGGGAGAAAAAUGAAGACAGAGUCAUGCCUGUAUUUAACCUUUAGGACUUAUUUUCUAAAAUCAUUCACAAACAUUUAGCCAGCUUUUACAUUUUUUCUCAGUUCAAUAGAGAAGAAAUAAGGUCAGUUUUUGAUAUUGUCCACAGAUCAUGUGCUGAGAUAGAUUCAAAUCCGCACAAAGGUAAUUAGACAUGUCUCAUUUGUGUACAAGCUUAUAGAGUAACUUAGAGAGUUCAUACUUGAGCUUUAAAAUGGUGAUUUUUACUUUUUUAGUUUGUGCAUCCAGAGUAAUUUUGGGGUAAAAGUUGGUCUUCAGAAAAUCUAUAAAUAGAUAUUACCAUCUGUUCACAUCUGAUUUUCCCAGAAACAGAGAAACAAACCCACUCUCUGUGGAAAGCAGCUCUCCUUGAGUCAGAUUCAUGUUCCAUAGAAAGUCUCUUAUAAUUGCUCGCUACCCAUCAGUUUGAUUUCUUUUUAGUUUGACCGCAGUGUGUGUCUGUGUGUGUGUGUGUGUCUCUGUGUGUGUGUGAUUGUUUCUGUGUAACCACAUGAUGUGUGUGUGUGUGUGUGAUUGUUUCUAUGUAACCACAUGAUGUGUGUGUGUGUGUGUGUGUGUGUGUGUGUGUCUUGCUUGCUCAGUGUGUUUGUGUUCUUGUGUGUGUCUGUAUCAUUGAGUUAAUGGAGGGUCUUGCCCUGCGUAAUGGAGCCCCUCCCUGCAGGCUGGGCAGAUAAUUUAAUUAAUGUUCGCUCGCUCUCUCUCUCUCUCUCUCUCUCUCUCUCUCUGUCUCUGUCUCUCUCUUUCUCUCCUGUGACUCAUCUGUAGUCUUAUCAGCCUUUUGGACACUCAUCCUCCUCUACUCCGUCUCCACCCAUCAACUGGGACCGAACCCUUCUCUGGUCACUCACAUGUUCAGUUAUUCAUUAUUUCCCUCCCUGCUUUCUGAAUGAUGUCUUCUCCACAAUCACAGUCAUUUAGACGCAGAUACGUCUUCUCACUCUUCUUUCUCCCCGUGUGACUUUCUGUUCAGUCUCUGUGCAGUGAAGCCAAAGCAGCACCAGCUGACUUAUCCUCUCUUUGCCCAUUACUCUCUCUCUCUCCUUUGCCAGCGCUGCUUUUAAUGUUUAUGGAGGAAAAGCCAUUUGUGGAGUCACUGUAAUGAUCCAUGAUGUAAUGGCACCUCUUUGCAAUACAUAAAGCUGACAGAGGACUGGACUAGGUCUGGUUAGACUGCAGUAUGCUCUAUGUUAAAUUGAGGCAAAACUCAAAACAAAAGGCCUGAUCACAGAGAAAUCUUUGCUUUUCCUACAAAUUACUAACUUUUCAGGUACGGAUUCAUUUAUAUUUGUACUUCUUGUUUGUAUUGAUGUCAAACAUCUGGUCUUGUCUUCUGUUUCUCAGGUGGGAUUGCAGGAGGCAUAGAGAUCUGCAUCACCUUCCCUACAGAGUACGUGAAGACUCAGUUACAGCUGGACGAGAAGGCUAAUCCACCCAAAUACAGAGGAAUAGGUGAGGAGGGCGUGUGUGAGCGAGCGUGCUGACAAACUAGAGGACAUUUUUAUCAAAGUAAAAACACAUCAAGCUGAUAAUCUUUCAAGACUGAUUUUGUUAGAAAUCUAAAAGUGGUGCAUGAACAAAUGUCUCUGUUUAGCAAGGAUGUGGUAAGCAUCGGACAAAGAAACAGGAACCUCCCCAUAUUUACUUAGUGACACUUCUGACAAAUAAUAAACAAAAUGUGAGCAAAUAUAUUAAUCAUUUAUGGCAACUUAAUGACCCUUUUCUUUAAACCACUUAAAAUGUGCACAUGUUGUACGUUAACAUCAUUCUGAUUCAUUUAAAAACUGUUCUGGCAGCAUUUCAACACAGCAGAAUUAAAAGCGCCGUAGUCUGCAUACAAGUAACCCCCAGUAUGUGUAGUUCAUGUGUAGUUUUGGGUAGUAUGACUGGCAAUACUAGUUUUGCUUUGAGCUCUUACAAUCAACUGAGUCACACCUCAGAAUAUAAUUAUUUAUUUGAUUCAAAUUUUUGUUCAGCUUAGUUUGAGAAAUAAAGAUAUUAUCCUUUUCUUUGUUACAGUAAAAACUUGAUCAUAUGAACAGAGAGAGGCAGUGCUGCAGCUGAUCACACAGAGCAAAAAGUGAUCACGUCCUUCUUAAAGAGUUAAAAAGCACAGGUUCUGUUGAAGUGGAUACAUCUGGCUAGUUUGGAAAAUCUUGAAAGUUUGGCUCAAUCCAGAAGAAUCACACCCUGAAUUCAGAUUUUUCUACUCUCCCUAAAGAGGAGCUUUUUCUUGCAGCGAGAGAACCGCUGCUCACCUCCAAAUUAAAAUCAUCAAAAAGCAUCACACCAAACCCAACACAAUCAAAACAAAACAAAUGACAGCAAAGUUUUCAUUUCAACCUGUUUAUGAAUUUAAUUUACUGUUAACUGACUUUUAUUGUCAGUUAAUUUUUAUAUUUAAAUAUUAUUUAUUUAAUUAAUGUAUACAUAUUUAUUUUAUUUACAUUAAAUGAUCAUCUUAUCCAUAAAUAAACCAUUAUUUAUGGCACAUCAACAAUAUAGUGGAAAAACAAAGCAGACGUAGAUGUCAAUAUGUUGCAAAUGAUAUUUCAAGCUAUAGAAAGAUUAUUUUUAUGAUAAGAAAAGCAGCUGGUUAUGAUAUCUAUCUAUCUAUCUAUCUAUCUAUCUAUCUAUCUAUCUAUCUAUCUAUCUAUCUAUCUAUCUAUCUAUCUAUCUAUCUAUCUAUCUUUUUAGUAUAUUGUCUUAUUUACUCUAUCUUCCUCUCUUAGGAGCUCAUUAUCUAAUUACCCAUCAUCCCCAGGUACAUUAGGGAUUCUGGCAGGCUGUCACCGUGCUUGUUUAUGUGACUUACAACAGACCAAUGCACACACGCACUCUCCUCUCACUAUCUGUGCAAACCAGCGCGCGCACACACACACACACACACACACACACACACACACACACACACACACACACACACACACACACACACACACACACACACACACACACACACACACGAACAGGCAUAUGCAGAGCGUGUUAAUGUUGGCUGCAGCUCUGAGGAUAGCCGACCAUGCUAAUGAGCACUACAGACAGCUGUUGCUCUUUCAGCUCAGUUGUGUAUUUGAGGAGACAGCAGAACACGGAUAACAGGACUGACGUCUGCGAGAGCAGGAAGGUUCAAGAAGUUCAAAGAAAAACAACCAAUUUGAGGGAGAAAAGUCUGUUUUACAACACUGGUUAUGGAGAGGAUAUGUCACUUAGGUUAAAAAAAUACAAACAAAAUAUACAGCUGCUAGGAGUGAUGACAAACUAAGCAGACCUUUCAGUCUGUAGCCAGCACUCAAGGAUAAUGGAUUUCCAGACGAGACCGCACUUUGUGCUUAGCUCUGGUUUAGUCUGAUUCAUAAGUGAAGAAGCGAUAAUGGUGUAAAAGUAUAGGGAGACAUUAAAAGGUGUUUAUUUUUAGCUUUAGCCUGAAAAUUUUCACUUACUACAGUUUUGAUGUGCACUAAUAUACAGCAUCCGUUUGUAGGAACUGACUAUCUUCAAGAUACUAGUUAAUUUAUAACACACCUCAUUGAUAAAUAACGUGUGUGUUUUCAUCCAGCUGACUGUGUGAAACAGACGGUACAGGGUCAUGGGGUCAAAGGACUGUACAGAGGACUCAGUUCACUGCUGUAUGGAUCCAUUCCUAAAUCUGCAGUCAGGUGAGUCAAAUAAAUGAAUAAUUCUGAUGUUUUUCAGUUAUAUGUUUAAUUUAUUCAUUCAAGAACAGAUGAUUUUUAAUGUAAUUCCUAAGAAUUACAUUGUGUUUAUAGACAAAUUUACUGAACGUGACAUUUCAGAGUUCACCCAAAUUUCAUUUUAACCAGUUUUACAGAAAUGACUGAAUGAGUCGUCAAAGACACACAUUUCUAGUUUUGUGGCCAGAAUACUGUAUUUAUAUCAAUUCUUAAAUCCUCAUUUAAAGGCAUGUUUUGUAGUAAUCUGCUUUGUUAAAUCAUAAACGUGUCUAUCCCAGGCUGGAGUUCAAUGAGCCCUCUUAGUCGAGGCAUCGGGGUCUGUUACCUGGAACCACUAACUCACAUUCUCCAAUUAUUCUGGCCCAUUACCCACGAGGCCGACAUAAAUGCCACACCAGCCUUCAGUUUAAUUACAUUAUUCUUUUUCAGCAAUGACAUUUACACACUGACACGUUGCAGCGAGUGCGUGCACAUGCGUGCAUAUGCACACAUGUUGCACAAAAGCACACCUCCAUAGUUAUUAUUUUUAUUAUCCCCUUCCCCUUUAGUCUUUUCCACAGCACUCCCCUCUCUCUCUCUCUCUCUCUCUCUCUCUCUCUCUCUUUUCUCUCUCUCUGUUGUGCUGGGGGGAGGCUGUCUGUACGAUGGAGAGACAGGCGCAGCCAGGCGGAGCAAAGAUGCCACUCAAACUCAGGCAGGGUCUCAAUAGGGGAACAGAGAGGGAGACUUGUGUUGGUACGCUGUCAGUGGAUGUGGUUAUGUUUAUGUACAGUGUGUGUUUUUGUGUGUCAGUCAGACGUCAGCACUCUUUCAGAGGGGGUCUGAAGGGUUUGUUUCUGCUCUGAGGAGAGUUUUCUCUUAGGAAAUAUGGCACAGAGGAGCACCGAGGUUUACAAAGAGGUCAUUCAAAGAGUGUAUAAACCUGCAUUCAAUCAUUUUGUUUAAAUAUUAUUGACAUAUUGAUAAAAUCUUGAUCCUCUUGGUGCUCUUUUUUGGCUUACUGAUACUGGUUUUGGCUUCCACAUUUGCUACUGGUACCUGAUUUUUCAGCGUUUUAUACACAUCCCUUAUUCUAUACAAAGACUGCUCUUAUUGUCGUUUGUUAACCGAUUUUAAAAGAGCUGCCAAACUUGAAACUGUUUUCAGCUCCUGAUUUAGCUGGUUCACCCAUUUGUACCGUUAUAGAUAGAUAAAGACUAAACUGAGACGCUGAGGAGGAAUUCAGCAGCACACAGUUCAGUAGAGUAAAAACAUGAAGUCUCCUUAUGAAUUUAAGUCUGACAAUAUCUGGACAAAGCCAUCCUCAGAUUCAUUUUGCAAUUAUUGCUCAUGUUGAAGGAGGAUACAUUUUUAAAACAUCUAAUAUAAUUGUGACAGGUUAUCUCCCGUCAAUCCACAGAAAGAGCAAGAUAUUGAAAAAUGACACAUUUAAGACUCUCAGUCGAGAACGAUCCACUCUGAUUUAUGGAAACUACCUUGGCAGUCUUCCAUUGACCACCACUUCCUCCUAGUCAUUUGUUGAAUCCUUUUUUACUCCCCUCAUCUCCCCUCCCCUCCCUUCCCUUCCUAGUGUCCUACCACAUCUUCUCCCUUGCUUACCCUCUUCCUCCCCCAUCCCAUUAGCUGAUUGCCUGUGCACCAUCAUGCCCCGCACAAUCUACUUGAUAAAAAGGUAGGAGAAGGACGGAGAAGAGAGCCGCUGACCUUUCCAUCUCCUUAACCCUUCCUCCAUAUUAAGAUCACUCCUUUUUCUGCCUUUCUAUUCUAUUUCUUCUCCUUUUCAUCCUCUACUCCUCUCAUCAGCACACCUGACCUUGUACAAAGAGCCACUAAUGAAGAUCUGGAGCUCUCUGCUGUCCAGAGUGACUCAUCUCUGACUGUGGAUGUCGGCCAAAACAUGAAGUGUCAUUUUUCUGAGUGUGAAGUUCGGUCCACUUUCUAUAUAAGGGAGGGAGACUUUGGAGUAAAUUGGCACAGGAGCAGGAAUGACAGCAGCAUAUUUCUCUCCUGCAGAUUUCAGAGAAUAGCAUUUGUUUCACAAGGUUGGUUAUUAAGCGCUCGGCUUUAGAGAGCUGUGGCUUUCCUUUAUUUUCGAUCCCUUCAAAGCUGUUUGUGACCAGCAUGAGGUGUGCAGAAGGAAAUGGAUUUCUUUUAUGUUUUGUUUGUUCCUGUUUAAUAUAGGGAGUUGGUUAAUUGUGUGGAGCUUUUCUCUUAAAGUAAACAAACCGAGCUGAGAGUGAGACAGAUGUGGGAAGUUAAUGAGCUGAGGAAAAGCCCGAGACUGAAGUGCAGAUGGUUGCGAGGAAUAAAGUCCGAUCAGGCUGGUGAAUUUUUGUAAGAGCCGUAACACUGGCAGGUAAACGGCUCAAGCAGGCGGAGAGAAGACAGAGAGGAGAAACAGAGCAUUAAUCAGGACCGAGUGUCUGUCCUCCCCCGCCCCUGAGCUAAAUGUACCGGCCAGCGUCCUACCUCUACCACAAUUCAAUUCCAUCUAUAAAUAACCUUAUUGUAAACGAGCCGCUGGCACAACACUUUCUGAUUGAGGAGAAACAUAAAGUGCACCUUCUCUCUCUCUCUCUUGGCCUGCUUCCAUAGCAGCUGUUGCUGCGUACUUGUUGGUAACUGAGAAAUAAACUGUACUGCUGCAUCUUUAAUCAGGAAACAAUCUGGAUAAGAAAGUUAAUCCCCUCUAACUUUCUGUACUUGAUCUCAGUGAAUAUGAGGGAUUUUUUUUUUUUUUGCCCUAACUUGCUUCUGAUUUUUUGUGCUCGUGAUCACUGCUUCAUGCAACCGUGAACUACUGUUAAUUCAUUUUUUAGCCAAAAAUUGUUUACUUAAUUUUGUGUUUUCUGGCUGUGAAAAUGGCCAAAAAUUCACUGCCAAAACUUUUAACACUGUAAAAAUAAAAAAUAAAAAAGAAAAAAGAAAAAAGAAAGAAAAAAAAGAGAAUACUGUAAUAUUAUUAUUCAGUAAAAAUGACAGAAUGUACCUUCGGUUAUAGAAACCACAGUAGUUUAAAAGGAAAAUGCUGUAAAAUUUAACAGGGUGAUAUUUAAGUGAGGUUAUUUGUUGUUGAAUUAAAAAAAUAUGUUUUUUUUUUCUUUUGGUAAAAACUUGUGCAUUUCAUUGUAUGUGGCAAAAUUCAUCUUCAUCUUUGUCCUUUAAAUUUCCCUUUACCAUAAAAGCAAAAAAGGUUCUACUGUAUUUAUGACAAUAAAGUUCUGGUAAAUCAGCUGCUAAUUUUUUACUGUAAAAAAAUACAGUUUUGUUUUUACAGUGCAGCAUUUUUUUUUCUGAUAGGAAUUUUAUGUUUUAGUGUGAGAUUGCUUUCAUAUUUCCUAACUUAUUUUUAAUAUUUAGUACUUACUGGAAGAAAGUACUGCAUAUGUAAAACACACAAACUCACCCUAUAACAAAAGUUAAACUAAAAUGUAAAAAAGUAGAAAAGAUCCAAAACUAUACGUUUCUACAUGUAUGUACAGCUUUUAUAGAGAUCUAUAUGUUAACCUGUCCUGCUGCAGUGCUGUGCUCAUCUCUCCCUGUUGGCUCUGUUCUGGUCUGCAGGUUUGGGGUGUUUGAGUUCCUCAGUAAUCGUGCCAAGGAUAAGUCUGGGCAUCUAGACAGCACCAAAGGUCUGCUGUGUGGACUGGGAGCUGGGGUGAUGGAGGCCGUUUUGGUGGUUUGUCCAAUGGAAACUGUGAAGGUACUUAACUAACUGAUCUGUGAUCAGAUGUCACUUUGGAUUAGUUUGGGUUUUUGGUGUCAUUCCUGGUAGAUGUGCUGCCUGUUCCUGUUCAUGUACAGUUAGUGUGAUCAGUUUCAUAUGACUUUCAUAAGACACAUUUGUCUCCAAAAUCAUGAAAGCUGAUUAUAAAAGAACUUAGCAGGAGGAGCAUUUCAUUUGGAAACUUUCUGAUUUUGUGCUAUAAAUCAUGAGGCUUGCAGCGUGUUGCAGUAAAAGUGUACAAUACUGUGUCUGUGCAUGAACUUCUGAAGUGUCUCUUUAAUUGAGUCAGACCAAUAUACUUGUCUCAUUUCCCUGUUAAAGGUCAACAAAUAAGUCUGCUUUUGAUAUUUAUUUAUUUUUUUAAGGUUAAAUUCAUUCAUGACCAAACUUCAGCCAACCCUAAAUAUAGAGGCUUCUUCCAUGGAGUCCGAGAGAUCGUCAGGGUACAAGGUAAACACCAACUUCAGUGCAUGGGGCUCACCUGACAUCUAGUGGUUAUAGUGGGUAGUGCAGCCAAAAACAUUUGAUUUACAUGAGUUGCAUCCAGAGCUGAGAGUUUUUUUUUUUCAUAUUAACCAUAUAAAAGAAGAGCAUAAUAAGUUUACUCCUCUGUCUUGCCCCUGCAGGAUUAAGAGGGACAUAUCAGGGUCUCACUGCUACUGUCCUCAAACAAGGAUCCAACCAGGCCAUUCGAUUCUAUGUGAUGACCUCUCUGAAGAACUGGUACAAAGGUCAGUGUGCAUACCAUAAAUGAUUUUUCUCUUUUCAUUAUCAUUUAAGAUACAUGCAAACAGAUUAGAAAAAGGCGUGGCGCUGGUUAGCAGUGCUAGUUUUUCAUGUUGCUAGGCCAUCAUACUUUCCUGACUUUAGCCGACCAGUACAAAUGUACAGUUCUGACAUGGUGUCAUGAUCUAGCUUUUGUCCAAGUUUCAACACCAGGACUUAACAUGCAUGAAGGUAUUAUCUGUAACCCACUCCUCUUUUGUGUCCUUAAACCAGGUGAUAACCCCAAUAAAUCUAUUAACCCCUUGAUAACCGGAGCCUUUGGAGCCAUAGCUGGAGCAGCCAGCGUCUUUGGAAACACUCCACUUGAUGUUAUCAAGACACGGAUGCAGGUAAGUGACAAAGAUGAGCAAGUGAAGAGGAGAAGUUUUUGCUCAGCUGGUUGAGUUGUUUCCUGUCAGUGCCUCUGAGUUAUAAAAAAUCAGUCCUUUUGUUUUCUUUCUUUAGGGUCUGGAAGCACAUAAAUAUAAAAGCACGCUGGACUGUGCAGUGAAGAUCCUGAGAAAUGAGGGGGUGGCAGCGUGAGUACAGCUUUUGUUUGACUAAUUUCAGUUUGGUCUUUUAUAGAGAACUGAUAGAUGCAUAUUAUUAGCUAUGUGUAAAUGAACUCAAUCUAAGAAGACUUAAUCUUAAACUUGUCUUUUAUUUGCAUGAUUUUUACACAUUUUUAGAUGUUCAGCAGACUUUUGUAACUGUGUCCACAAUGCACGCCAGUCUGUUUGGCUGUAUGCUCGUCAUAGCAACCUAUCAACCACCUCUGUCCCUAUCUGUAGGUUCUACAAAGGAACGGUUCCCCGGCUGGGCAGGGUGUGUCUGGAUGUGGCCAUAGUCUUCAUCAUCUAUGAGGAGGUGGUGAAGGUCCUGAAUAAGGUCUGGAAAACAGACUGAGCUGAUGAAGCUGCAGAGAGGGUGGCGGCUUCCUGUUCUUGAGGCAUCAGACACAGACCUGAGUUCCCCAGACCUCUUCUGCUGGUGAGGGGGGUUUAGACAAAGAGCUGAACUUAGAUCAGUGUUACAUGCUAACAGGAAGCUGAUUAGAUCCCAGGGCGGUGCUGCAAAAAUUAAAAAAAGCCUGUGAAGAGGCUCAGUGUCGCCCACAUCUGGACAGCUUGAGUGUAUGUAGAGCUUUGCUGCUCGGUGCCAAAACACCGGAUGAGUGUGGGUUUCACAAAGCGGGAUCAUAAAGUGAGCCAAAUAAUCAAAGUGUACAUCAUCACUGUCUAAAAGUAAAACAAAACCCUAAAAUGAGGCUUAACAUCAUGUUGAUGUUUGCUCAGAAAUAACCUGUUUGAGGAAAUUUCCCCUUUUCUCAAGUUAUUCGGUUCACUUUAUCCAUAAACCUGCUUUGUGAAACAGCUUCUUUCAGUGAAAACUAUCAUUUAAAAUCACUCACAGCUGUUUUAAAAAAAAAAUGAAGUUUACAGCAACUUUUCAGGUGUCAUGUUGGAUUUCUUGAGUUUUGUUGCUCUCUGUCUCUUCUUGUGCCUCGUGUGAUUCUUCAUCCAGAGGAGCCAGACUGCAGCUGUUUGCAGGUUUACAGACACAUAAACUGCAGUAACAUCUUUAACUAACUAGGCCUUCAAUAGAAUACAUAUUAUUUUUAUAAAUUGUAGAUGCUAAUUUUUUAUUUACUAGCAUUAUAGUUUUAUUGUAAAGUAUAAUAUAUAUAUUUUAUCCCUGUGCCAAAUGCCAAACCUGUUAAACCACGGAGCUGUGUCAGAGGAGACACAUGCAGAGGUAGCCUGGUAGAAGAUGUUGUGCAAAACUUUUUAAAUGUAUUUAUUGAAGCUGAAUGUUGAAUAUCUAGGUAUUUGAGAGACUAUUUGCUGUUAACUUGUGCCACUUGUGUCAAGUUUUCUGGGUGUAAAAGUGUUUUAAAGAUGUUAGUAAAAAUAUUUUAUUGCUGUAUUUCACUGUGAGUCUAAAUGACAAAAUGCAAAGUAACCUCAGAGCUCUGUUUGUUUCGUUCAGUGAUGGAGUGACUGUUCAUCAGGUCAUCCUUAAAACAGCUUCCUACACCUGGAUGGUUUUAAUGAUUUUACAUCUGAGGCAGUUUUCUGUCUCUGCGAUCCUUCCAUCCAUUUACUACACUGAUGCUUCCUAACAUUAGGGUCACAAAAUGAAUGAGCAGUUGACAGAUGAGUACAUGCAGGUGCAGAUUCAUGUUAAAGUGAGAUUUUUAACUCUUUAUGCUAAGUACCCUGAUGGAUCUGAAAAUGAUACAAAUUCAUCCAGAACCCACUUAGUACUUUUACUUUUUUUUACUGUUACGAUAAAAAGAUAGAUUAGGUUCAUCUGACUAAAACUGGAUGUUGACAGAGAUAAAUGUAAACGUGUUAUUUCAUUAUGUUCAUCUGACUUAAAUUGCUAUAGUAUCCUAGAGUCAGUCGAUGAGUUAUGUUGAAUUCAGAACUGACAGUUUCUCUUAAAUGACUUUCAAGGCUUUAACUUCAUGUGUUCAGUUUCAUCACCAUCAUGUUUCAGUCAGGUCUCUUUCUAUUCUUGCUCAUGUGCCUUUAAAUGGUGUAUCUGUUGGUAAAUUAACUUUAAAAAUGCUGUCAUCCACUAGCAAACUCGUGAAUGAUAUUUCCUAUGAUUUGAAAUAACUCUGGUGUCGUCAUUUUGUUUACUUUAAUCUGCAUACGCCAACCAACCAGCCAUGACACCAUGGACUCCUGUGCAAUCUGAUGCAACCCAUUACAACAGCUCUACCAAAUUCUACUUUCAGGAAGUGUCUAAGCUUUCUGUUUGUGUUGACAUGAUCGGACAGGUGACUAUUACUCUGUAUCAAACCAUUAUUACCAUACCAUAAUUAUCAAACCAUAGUGGUGGUAAACUGGAGAGUGUUACAAUGAAAGAUGUUCCUUUCAGCAAAAUAUCAGGGAACACCUUUCAGUAUAGAGCACUCCAGCAAAUAAUCAACACCCACUACGACUCAAACAGUUAAUUUAAAGACUAAUUAUCACCUGCCAACAAAGACUAAAAAGAUAGUAGAUAUUAUAUCUAUAAAAGUUACAUUUAUGAUAGCGUUGUUGUCCUGGAUGACUCAGGUGUUCAUGAUUUUAUGGCUGUAUAAUUUUUUUUAUAUCCUUUGUUGGCCAAACAGAGUUGUGUUGUGCCAGAUAUAAAGAAAGUGUUAUUAUUAUAACAAAUCCAUGUACUCCAAGGCUGUGUUUUUCUGUAUGUGUGUGUGGGGGGUGGGGGGAUUGUAGCUCUUCAUGAUGAAGCCUGUGCAAUAAACAUGGUCCCUCCUCCUGUUGACUGUAAAAUGGUGUUUGUGUGUGUAGGGAAAGGGUUCCUCAAAACUCAUUAAAUCAAGCGUCUAAAAACCUGAAA